CUCCAAACCGACCAAACGCCGCUUCUCCAGUUUCCUUCCCCACCUCUUCCUCUCGCCGCCUUCCGUUCUGCCCCCUCUUCCCUUCCGGGAAUCCCUAGCCGAGCGCCCAGCGACAGCGGGAAGCCAUGGCGGACGACGACUACAACGACAUGGACAUGGGGUAUGAGGAUGAGCCCCCAGAACCUGAGAUUGAGGAAGGGGCUGAAUUAGAGCCUGAGAAUAACAACGAGGAUGCUGUGGAUGAUGUAGUUGGGGCUGAAGUUGAUGACAAGGAGCAAGAAAAGACGGCUCGUCCACGGAAAACGUCAAAGUAUAUGACAAAAUAUGAGCGUGCACGCAUUCUUGGUACACGUGCCUUGCAGAUAAGCAUGAAUGCUCCUGUUAUGGUUGAGCUUGAAGGGGAAACUGAUCCGCUUGAGAUUGCCAUGAAAGAAUUGAGAGCACGCAAGAUCCCUUUCACAAUCAGGCGAUAUUUACCUGAUGGAAGCUAUGAGGACUGGGGAGUUGAUGAGCUCAUUGUAGAGGACUCCUGGAAACGGCAAGUUGGUGGGGGCUAAAUAAUGGGAUACAAAACUUCAUGUAGUAUGGCAAAAGCUUUUAGUUUUGUGAGGCAAGUUGACGUGGUACUUUCUGCGGUGGAGGUUGAUGUAAUGAACUAAUCUGUAGUUCUGUUAUUGGCCGCAUAGAUCUGCUGUACACUGGAACUGUGUUAUAAUUGCAUGGUUUCAUGGACUAAUUCGGAUUAUUGUAAGCAUGCUCAGUGUCUUUACAAUGGCUUUUAACAGUUGUGUUUGAACUGUUCGAUACUCUGAAUGACUUGCAGACUAUUUUUGACUUCUGAACUAUUCGAUAUGUUUAUCGACCUAUUUUGCUGACUGAAUAUGCCAUCAAUGUG